GUUCCACAGAAGCGCUGUUAACCGAAACAAUGUCUUUGCGAUUUUGGAUAACCUGUGCCUGUGGGCUGUAACAGAGGCGCAGGUAAAAGCCUCAGUGGAGUUGCCGUUGGAGGAGAAGGGAAGGAAUGAAUUCUUCGCUGAUGCUACGUCGUUUCUUCUGUUUCAACGCACCAGCCUCAGCCUCAGCAGCUUCUACUUCUUCUAAGAAGAAGCCUCUCGUGUUCUUGGGCUCUCCUCAGGUCUCUACAACUGUGCUAGACGCGCUCUUCAAUGCAUCUUCAGCACCCAAUUCCAUCUUUGAGAUUGCAGCGAUUGUUACUCAGCCACCUGCAAGAAAAGGUAGGGGUAAAAAGCUGAUGCCUUCACCAGUUGCUCAGUAUGCAAUCAAUAGAGGCUUCCCCUAUGACCUCAUUUUCACACCUGAACGAGCUGGAGAGGAUGCCUUUUUGUGUGGUCUAAGAGCAUUGCAGCCUGAACUUUGCAUUACUGCAGCUUAUGGGAACAUCUUACCUAUGCAAUUUCUCAAAAUUCCAUCAAUGGGGACAGUCAAUGUACACCCAAGUCUAUUGCCACUUUACCGUGGUGCUGCUCCUGUUCAAAGAGCAUUGCAGGAUGGUGUUAAAGAAACUGGAGUAUCCUUAGCCUUCACUGUUCGUGCUCUAGAUGCUGGGCCUGUCAUUGCCCAUGAAAGGCUGGAUGUUGAUGAUGAAAUUAAGGCUCCUGAUUUACUUGAUUUGCUAUUUUCUCAAGGAUCUAAACUUCUGAUUCAUGAGCUUCCUGCUAUAUUUGAUGGGUCAGCUAGAGCAAACGCUCAACCACAAGAUGAUUCUAAAGCUACUUUGGCUCCAAAAAUAGCUCCUGAGGAGUCAUGGAUAUCCUUUGAUGAAGAAGCUUGGGUCCUACAUAACAAGGUUCGUGCAUUUGCAGGGUGGCCAGGAACACGAGCUAAAUUAAUGCUUGCUGACGGCAAAGAUGGUCAGCAAAACAUCAUUGAACUGAAGAUCAUUACUACAAGAGUUUGCCACCAUGGCAUUGUCCAGGGCAAUGAAAUGGACGAAAUAACUUUUUCCAAGGGUUCUUUGGUGUUUCCUUGCAGAAACUCCACUCCACUUGAGGUAUUGGAAGUUCAGCUUCCUGGCAAGAAGGUGGUAAGUGCAGCUGCCUUUUGGAAUGGUUUGCGAGGUCAAAAGCUGAAGAAAUUAUAGCAGAGGAAGCUUUUCAUCUAGAUGGCCGAUCUAGGUAGGGCAAAUUUGUUGAUUCUUUCGUACCAAAAACUUUGUUAAGCUCUCUAUCUAUGUAUUUUUGUUACUCAUUGUUUUGUGAUGAACUUCAAUCUCUCCGCUAGUAUUAGCCGAGCAUGGAUUUUGGAGUGUCUAACUGGCUGCAUGGCAUGAUUAUGUAAUAAAUCAAUACAAACAAUAAUAGAUCAUUCAACCUGUUAGCCAUUCAACUGGGCAGUUGGCUGCCGCGGAAUAUUCAAUUAUCAAUGUUGAGCACUUUUUUUUUUUUU